CUCUGCAGACCAGGCUGGCCUCUGCCUCCUGAAUGCUGGUACUGAAGGCGUGCAUCACCACGCCUGGCCGUAAGUGAUUUUCCGGUCCCUCCCCACUGUGACACUGCUGAGCAGCUGAUGUUGCCUUCUGGUUACCACUCACCUGUCCCUCAUCACAAUCCCUUUAUGCCAUCUAAAUUAGCUCCUAAACAGCGACAAGCUUCACACUGCUGUCUCUCAUCUUACUGUACCAAUCCAGUGUACCAUGUGCCGAGACUACAGGCGCAUACGUGGUUUGUGUGGUGCUGGAGGGUGAACCUACCACUUUGGGCAUGCUGUGCAAGCACUGUACCAACUGAGCUACCUCUCUAGCCUCAAGAACGAACUUUAAAUCAAAUUGUUUAUCAGGGGUGAAUUUUAGCUAGAAGACACAUCAUCCUUUGAAUUGGGGAAGUAGGAGAACACUUAAUGGGGAGAAAGGGUCAAAACUGGGAGCUGAAGUAGUUAGGAACCCACACUGCGCCUGUAGAGAGCCUGAAAUCAGUCCCCACCCCCAUGUCCCAUGGCUGUCCAUAACUCUAGCUGCAGUGGGACCCCUGACCGCCACCUGCGUCUGCUAAGGCACACGCAUCCCCACGGAGACGGUGACUUAAAUCUCUACAAGUAUUUUUUAAGGUCGAUUUUUGAGUUUUGUCAUAAGUCACUUGAAAAUGAAGGGACGGGCAUGUGUGGCUGAAGCUUGCCCGGCCUGCAAGGGGUGCUGGAACAGAUGCCUGACCCAAGGGAAGGGAGGAGAGUGAGGGCCUGGCCAUGUUUGACGAAAAAGGCAAAGCCUGGGGAACGGAUGGACGACAGGACCUCUGCUGGUGAGAGUGGGUAGUGCAGUGUUGUUGAGAUGAGAUUCACCAGCUUUGCUUUCUGACUUUCCAAGCAGCCUUGGAAGUCAAGAGGGACGUAGCCAUGAUGGCUUGGCCCUGUAGAUAAGAAAGCAUAACUAGAUACUUCUAAUCUCUAGAGGACUGUUUGGCUGUUGUCCAUCCCUUUCCUUAGAACUGUCUGUCAGUUCUUUCACACAUGCACAGCUAAGCAAGCAACACAGUUUGAUACGCCAGUGUCACUCAUAAAAGUGGAGAAGGCCUGGUUUGCGCAACAUCGUACAUCUGAUUUCUGUAAGAACAUCAGCACUGGAAUGGCCAUAGCUGGAAUAAUGCUACUAAUAAGAAGUGUUCGACUGACAUCAAAAUUUACAACCUCUUCAGAUAUUCCAGUAGAGUUUAUAAGAAAGAAGGUUAAACUACGUGGCCGAUUACAGCGGAUAACUGAGUGUGGUCUAGAAAUUGAACAUAUUCCUAUUACUUUGCCUUUUGUAUCUUCUUGGAAAAAAGAGCCAUGCGGGGCUUUGCUGGUGAAGCUGGCCGGAGUAGAGCUCACUGACAUGGGUAAGGUCUGGUUACAGGAAGAGCUGAAACCUUCCCAGCUGCUGUGGUUCCAGCUUCUCGGAAAGGAGAAUUCAGCACUCUUCUGCUACCUUUUAGUGAACAAGGGUGGAUAUUUUAAUGUGAAUCUGAAUGAGGAAAUUUUGAGAAGAGGUUUAGGCAAAACCGUUCUGGUCAAAGGACUAAAUCAUGACUCAAAAACCCACUGGAAAAUCCACAGGCGCUUACUUAAAGCUGAACUGACCGCCUUAAAGAAAGGAGAAGGAAUAUGGAAAGAAAAAUCUGAAAAGGAAAGUUAUUUUGGAAAAUUCAAAGAUUCCUGGAGAGAAAGAUGGAAAAAGGACAGCUUUUUAAAAACAACUGGACCAGAUUUCAACUUGACCAAAGAUAGUUACUAUGACAGGUUUCAGAGGGCUUGUGGGAGCUGGAAGGACCACGUGAGCAACUUCUCCUUAGUUUUAAAACUCAGAGGAUUUGUGAGCCGCUUAUACUUUCGGAGAAAAUGAUGGAGCACCCUCAAGGUCUAGAGGUGACCUCUGAAGAGUGAAAUGCAUAUGUAUGUGACCGCUUUUUGUUGAGUCAAGAUGGACAUUUUUCAGGUGACCAAAAUUCUUGCCUACUGGUUCUUAAAGACUAAAAACAUUGUUAACAUAGAAUCAGUUUGAAUGAAUUAUGGUCAGGAAAAAUGACACACUAUCCAGAGGUACCUGGUAGAAGGAUGUAUAUAUGUAUAACUAAUGUUCUGCCUUUUUCUUCUCCCUCCCUCCUCCUGGUGCUGGGGAUUGAACCUGGGGCCUCAUGCACUCUGGAUUAGCUAGCACACCACUACCGAGCUACAUUGUUAGUCCUGUAUUGCUAAUGUCUCAAGAGAAAAUUUAAAGAUUGGCUGUUAAAUUAGUUAUUUUGGGCAGCCGGACUUAAUAAUCGUUUUUUUUCAAUUUCAUCAACUUUAUAAUAAAGGAAUUUUUCAAAUGUUUUCUUUCUGAGGACACACUUUUUCUCCCAGCGUCUCUCUAGCUGCUGGCAAGUUUGGGCUGGUGCCACAAGAGGUGUGGACACCAUUCUUGGUAAUAAAGGUAGCUAACCUCUCCCUGUUGUUUGAUGAGAACAUUACCCUUAAGACAAGGAUGAGCCCGGCACUACAGAAGACACAAAGAAAGGGUAAAGCCAGCUUGGAGUUGGGCACGGUGGCACACACCUGUAAUCCCAGCACUCAGUAAGUAGAGGCUGGAGGAGACGGAAUUCAAGGUUAUUCUUGGCUCGUAGGAUUCAAGACAAGUUUGGAUUAAUAUGAGACAUUAUCUAAAACUGAAAAAAAACCCACAAAAGGAAAAAAAAAGAUCCCCCAAACCACUUUAAUGUACGUAAUAAAAUCUUCCUUACAGUAUAGGCCUCUUUUACGAGGUCAACAAUAUUUUGCUGUCAGAAUGGAGUCUAAGAAUGGAGUCAUAUGAGAGGAAUUUGAGUGCUUGUGAGAAAACUCCAAGAAAACAAGAGUUUUGUAAUCUCAGUUUCUUAAAAACAAAACAAAACAAAAAAACUAGAAUGUUCUUGGAAUGUGAUUUCAUGCCCCUCCAAGGUAUACCAAAGAAGAAUGAGUUUGCAUCAGGUUAUUUUCUACAGUUAUUAUUAUUAUUUAUUUAUAUGCUUCUAUGGAAAAACAUGUUUUUGCCACAUGUAACUUGUCCUUGUGGCUGUACAUUUUACUUGGGUGACUCCUCUUAACCCUCAGAGUAUAAAUUGUCCGAUGCUCUGAAUAAAGUUGGCUAUUGCAUGA